GAUUUUAAGCGAUGGGAACGAGAGAUUGAUUGGAUGGCUAUGAAAGGCAUUAAUUUUCCACUUGCUUUCAAUGGCCAGGAAUUAGUUUGGAGAAAGGUAUUUCAAACAUUUGGUUUAACUAUCGCCGAGAUUGACGAGUAUUUUACAGGACCAGCAUUUCUAGCCUGGAACCGUAUGGGUAAUGUUCAGGGUUGGUCGGGUCCACUGACUGACAAUUGGCAUAAAAUUCAGGCCAUAUUGCAGUCGCAAAUACUGGCCCGCAUGAGAUCAUUAGGAAUGUUGCCGGUGCUGCCGGCCUUUGCCGGUCACGUGCCCAGGAAUCUAACCCGAGUCUUCCCACAGGCACAGGUGUCCAGACUUACCAAUUGGGGCAGUUUUAACCAAACAUAUUGCUGCACAUACUUCUUAGAGCCAGAGGAUCCACACUUUGUCCAAAUUGGGUCCGCAUUUAUAAGCGAAUACACAUCAAUGUUCGGCACCGACCACUUCUAUAACACCGACCUUUUCAAUGAGAUGACACCAAAAACUAAUGCCACAAAAUAUUUAUCUGACUGCGGAAAUGCUGUUUAUCAGAGUUUGGCUAAAAGUGAUCCCCAAUCUAUUUGGGUAAUGCAAGGUUGGUUAUUUGUAAAUGAACCUGAAUAUUGGCAUAAAGAUCAGGCUAAAGCUUUGUUAACAUCUGUACCACAAGGAAAGCUAUUAAUUUUGGAUUUAAUGUCCGAAUUACGUCCACAAUAUACUAAUUUGGAUGGUUAUUAUGGACAGCCCUUCAUCUGGUGUAUGCUUCAUAACUUCGGAGGUGCUCUAGGAAUGUAUGGCGCCUUUAAUCACAUCAAUAAAGAUGUGUUUGAAGCGAGGGGUCAGUACGAGAAUAUGCUGGGCAUAGGUCUUACACCGGAGGGCAUUGAGCAAAACGAUAUAAUCUAUGAUUUCAUGACUGAAACCACUUGGUAUACAUCGCCCGUAGACCUCAACCAAUGGGUCCACAAUUACGCGCUCCGGCGCUACGGAUAUAUCAACGAUGACCUGAGCCGGGGCUGGCAUUUGUUACAACCCCAAUUUGUUCUGCUUACUCAGACCAGUGUAUUCGUUGAUCCGAUAAGGGUGAACAACCAUGGUAAAUAUACCAUAAACCAUAGGCCAUCACUUAAGUUCAAAUCAGACCUGUGGUACAAACCCAUCGAUGUAUUCAAUGCUUUCGAGCUGUUUGUGAACGGAUCGACCGCUUCUCAGCUCCAGAAUAGCUCCACUUUCCAGUUGUUAUCCAUU